GACUUCUCUCCGUCAUCCUCGUCACCGCGAUUGCCAUCGAAGCGGUAACAGCUACAGCCAUUGAUUUGCUUACUGUGCCCUGCCCCGCUAGAUAUUCGGCACCAGGGCCCGCCAGAGGCUUAGCAAUCGGAGAGUUUGUUACAGUCCGCCCGGCUCACUCACCUACGGCCGCCGCCGCCAUGGCAAAGCGGGAGCCGCCGUCUGAGGAUGAGAUGCUCCGCGCCUUCAGGGCGUGCCCCGUGCUUGAUCGCGAGACGGCUGUCCAGCAUUGUCCGGAGGUGGUUGAGGUGUCCGAGAUGCUGGCCAAGUGUCUGGCAGACCGCUUCGAGACGGCCCCUUCAAUCGAGGUGCAGUCGUCCCUAUGGAGCAUCCUGAUUCACCCUGGCGCCACGAACAGUUCGGGCGUCAUCAGCGUCGUGACGAAGGCGAUGACGAAGCUCGUCAAUCGCCUGCGCAAGUACGAGACUGACAGCUACGACGCCCAUUACAGCGCUCUGUCGGUGUUGGCUGGCGGUGCCUCUCUGCCCGCGAACGGCAUGAUAAUGAGCUGCCAUCAAAAUCGCGGCGCCGCGCUCGCCGCGGAGUGCGAGGUCGAAGGCGCGUUCUCCUGGUUCCAGAACGAGAUGGGCGUAGACAAAGCUGUUCCCGGGAAGCUCUGGGACGGCAACGCUUGGCAUCGUCCAGUCAUGGACAAAGCCCGCGCCUUCUCGGUUGACGCACCCUGGUUCGGGUUCAUUGCCGGGGCCCACAUUCCGGAAACCUUCAAAGCGACGAUUAACGAUGCUUUCGGGCUUCGGGAGCGCCUGACCGCGAGCUUCGCGGAGCCCCAGUGGCUGACCAUCAGGCAGAUCCGCGAGGCAUGUGCGCAGCUCCCCGUGCGGUCGCGCAAGCCCGCCGACUUCGUGGCCGGCGUGUUGCUGCCGCUCUUCAAGUGGUCGGCGUCGCGCAAGGGGAAGUUUGUUAAGGCUUCGACCGAGGACGGGGCCAGCGAGCUCGUGGACAAUAAAUUCGACGGCCAUAUGGAUUUGCAGCGGCAAUGUUUCCUCCAGCCUGGGAGGCAUCAGGGGUCCAAGUACCGCGGUAAGCUCCGGACCAAAUUCGACCGCAUGGCCUUGUCCAUGCACGCCCUGCGCGUGGUCUGCCAGAGGUUCCGCGAGUCGACCGCGCCAGCGCAGUACCGCCUUGACGACAACUGGGCGCGUAAUUUCUCGGUGCCCCCAGUGGUUUCCAAGAAAGCCGUCGCCAUGGCUUACUUGCUGGCGGAGAAGUGCGAGCACACCUGGAAGAUCUUGGACUUCGCGCGGAACGGCCGCGGCAUUCCGCAGGAGGUAGGCUCCCGCGCGUCCCAGGCGACGCAGCCUGGAGAGGCGCCCGGCCGCCCCCCUGCACCACCUGCCCCUGCCCCUGUGGACACGUGGGCGGCCGCCGAUGCCGACGCGAUCAUGCUGACCGAAACCGUCGCGGGCAAGAUGACGGGCAAGUGGUCGUGGACCAAGGAAGAGUUGAACAAGGUCAUGUCCAUGGGCACCGAGGUGUUCAAAGCCACUCUGGACAAGUUCCCCCUCUACGGCUGCUCUCUCCCCGCGCUGGUGGACAUCAUGCACGUGAUCUUGGCGGAGCCCGGGCAGUAUUUCUAUUGCGGGAAGUCCGCCACUGUGGCGCGGCGCGUGAAGGCCGUGACCAAGGGUGCCUUUUUCUACGAGCACACGAUUCUUCUCCUCUUCAUUGCGGCGAAGGUGCUCCAGGCGCUGGGCUUUGGGGCGACCGUGGCGACGCGGAAGACGACCCGGCCAGACCUGGUCGCCGUGCUCGCGGAGCUGGGGAUCUCCGAAGAGACGACGCCGACUCUGGCCGCAUACGUCGCCUCUAUUGACGCUGAGGAGCACCCCCCGCCGCGCGCCCCGGUCGUUGACUGGGGCCAGCGCUCGCCGGCCUCCGAGGUCGACGCGGGGUACCUGGCGGGCAAGUUGGGCCUCGUCUCCGCGCGCGAGGAGGCCCCGGUCGACGGCGCCGCGGCCCCGGCGGUGGAGCACGCUGCGCUGGCGCCAGCAGCUGCGGGCGGGCUGGACCUUGAGGGCAUUGCCGAAGGCGCCGAAGACGACGCGCGCGCGGCCUCAACCGAAGCCGAGGACGAGGACGAGGAGGCCGGCGAUGCCGACGUGAAUGCUGGAGACGAGGCGGCGCGCAGGCACCCGUCGGGCUUUGGUAG